GUGUGUGUUAUAUUUGGUAAAUCUGACUUCUUGUGCAGCUUCUGAUCAGACAAAUGCAACGGCAGAGAAGCAGACAAAACACAGAGUGAGUUGCAGAUUUACUUGAGGUGUUAGGCAGUCAUUAAAGAUUAUAUCCACUCCCAAACAUGAAAGCAGGAAAUACAGGUUUCCUGGUUGCGGUGGUUUGGUUGUGGCUCAUCAUUUCAGCAGGUCUGGCACAAGAAGGUGGCAACAUGGAGAGAAAUGCAACUGCUUCUGAGAAAGCCGUCCGUCAGUCCCAGUCGCUGUGUGACGGCGAGCGGGAGUUUGUUCAGAAGAGGAAACAAAUAGUUCUGGAGACCCUAAACAGUUUGGAAAUCAACUGUACUGAAAACUCAGUUCCCCACAUCGCCCUGCUGGGAUCAGGUGGAGGUCAGAGGGCCGCUGUGGGUAUGGUCGGUACCCUCUAUCAGCUGGAGAAGGACAAUCUGCUGGACACCCUGCUGUACCUGGCCUCAGUUUCUGGCUCAACAUGGUCCAUGGCCUCAGUGUACAGUGACCCACAGUGGAGCUCCAACAUGGACGGAGCCGUUUCCAAACUAUCAGGUGAUGGGGUCGAGCUGGAGGAGGCCCUGGCCUGGUUGAACGAGAGGGCCAAAGAAGAAUACUUCUCUCUCACCGAUAUCUGGGCGGUCUUAACGUCUGCUGGCAUCAUGAAGCAGAUGGACCUGCGACGUUUCUCAGAUGAGGCUGACAGGAAUGCCACCAACCCUUACCCCAUCUACUGUGCCAUAGAGAAGCACUGCUUCUCAAAUGGGCCCAUAGAAGGGAAAUGGUUCGAGAUAAGCCCUCAUGAAGCCGGAUUCACAGAGUUGGGUCUCUUUGUUGAAACAUCUCUCCUGGGCAGCAAGUUUCAGAGCGGAGAGCUGCUGGAGAAGAAGCCAGAGAUGGAUAUGGUCAAACUGCAAGGUGUGUUAGGAUCUGCAGUAGCUGAUGAGGAGACUGCCAGAGAUGCCAUCCCUCCCUGGCUGAAUGUGCCAGAGUAUAUGGACAGUUCUGCUCAAGAGUACCUGCUUGUCUACAAUGUCCUUAAUAAACUGGCAAUCCUGACCAGAGGCACCAUUAAAGGUCCUGCUGCUCUAACUGACCUGGACAUGAUACAGAAAACACUAAAAGACAUGGUAUAUAACAAUCAGUCUGCGAGGUUGCACUCGAAGACUUCAGAGGAAAGGAAGGAUGCUUUUAAAGAGCUGAGCCUGGAGCUGCAGGCUGCUGUAGAGUCCUGGUGUGAAGGUCUGCAGGAUGGACCUUUCAAAAGACAAGUUUCUGCCAUUAUAAAACAAGUCAUUCCUCUGAUUCAUAAAUGGGAGUGGGGAACAACCAGAAACUUCCUCUAUCAAUUCCAAGAACCCUCUGUUCCACCUUGCCUCCAGACUAAAGAGACUUUCCACCUGAUAGAUGCCGGGCUGCUGAUCAAUGUGCCCUACCCUUCAUUUCUGGGAGACAAGAGAGACAUCGACCUCAUCAUUGCACCAGAGUACAGCGCUGGAAACAUGUUUGAGACUCUGACUGCUGCAAGAAAUUAUUCAGCCGAGUUGAAGAAGCCUUUCCCAGAGAUAGACGAUGCAAUCCUGAGGGACAGAGACUGGCCGAAGGACUGCUAUGUGUUGGAGGGAGGAGAAACGGCGCCCACGAUCAUCUACAUGCCGCUGUUCAACAGACGGAACUGCAAAGAUGCCGAAGAGUUCAAAGCGAAGAGGGACGAGUACGCCACCUUCCAGCUGCCCUACACCCAGGAGAAGAUUGACUUUGUGCUGGAGACGGCAAAAGCUAACAUGAAAAACAACAAGGAGACGCUGCUGAGGGAGAUAAAGAAGGCUGUUCUCCGCCGACAGAACAAAGAAUACGGGAAUCCUACAUGGCAGCAGAAGCUUCAUUCUUGCUUUACAGGUUUGCUGUGAUUCAACAUUUGUAGUUUCCUAAUGAUCAAAAGGCAGAUGCUGUCUUAGCUUUAUGUUAUUGCUCUCAGCUACACAGGAGGCAGAGAAAACACAACUUAUACAAGUUAUAGAAUGAAUAUACAAGCAUGUCUGUUGGAAAUGUGGUGGUUGGGUUUUAGUGGAAGUUUCACUUUAAAUGUAAAUGUGACACUACAUCAGCUGAACAAUUAAUUGAAAUAAAAUCAACAAAAAACA